CACACGCUCAAGGCGGGGUUUCUCGUCAAGUGAAGUAUUGCUUCUGGAGUGCUGGAUAUUUGUUCUUCGGGACAGAGAUGGGAUCAGCGGGAUAGUAAGGAUACACAGUGAUUUUAAGACAUCAUGGCCACUUUCCUCUGGGUUCUGUCUGCGUUGUUGCUGCCCAGUGUACACGCUGAAUGGAGGUGUGUAGAGAUCUUCCCCAAUCCGGAAGAGUUGCAUCCCGUGGAGCUCGGGAAGGAAUUCACAGCCACUUGCAUCCUGCGUCAUAAGGACCUCAAAGCUAAAAACAUAGCUUGGAGCUAUGGAAAUGGGAAGAAAGACGUCCACAUCCCAAAAGAGUUCUACAGGAGGAUAAACGAGUCCGCGGGUAGCGUCACAGUCAACGUGACUGAAGAUAUGACAGGAUUCUUCAAAUGUGUUCAUCCAAACGAAUACAGGUUCCUCAGCAACUGCACCUCCUACAGCUACGGGAUUGGGCUUGAUCUAGGAUAUCCUCCAGAAAAGCCCACAAAUGUGAGCUGCCAGGCAGUGCAAGAUGGAGACAAGAUGUCCAACAAUGUGACCUGUCGAUGGAACCCAGGAGCAAGAGACCCUAGAAUCCUCACCUACUACACAGUAUUUAUAGAAUAUACAGGGAAGACGUUCCACGGAAAUGCGACCAAGAGCAGUGGGAGAUUGACACUGGAUAUCUUUCCACACCACCUCGACUUGAAGAUUUGGGUGGUGGCCGAAAAUCGAUUGGGGAAGGUCACUUCUGAUUUCCUCAUGCCGGAAGCAGAUCAAUUGAUCAAAACAAAUCCACCAAGAAAGUUGAUUGUUACUGCAGAGAACGAGUUCCCAAAGUCACUUUUUAUCAAGUGGACGGAACCCAUUCACCAUACCUAUGUAGUGUUGAAGUACAACAUUAGGUAUUGUGAGAAGGGAUCUCACACCUGGACUGAGGUGCCUCAGGAGGACACCAAAGGCUACAUGGACUCGUUCCGGCCCCAGGCCCUGAAGCCGUACACCGAGUAUGUAGUGCAGGUGCGCUGUAAGAACACCAAAGACCUGGGCUACUGGAGCGACUGGAGUCACAAUGCCACCGCCAGCACUCCAGAGGACCGGCCUUACACUAAGCCUGACUUACGGAUGAACCCCAAUUUGGAUGAUGCACAGAGGACCGUCGAGAUCUCGGUGAAGAAACCGUUGAUGCCAAACGGGAAGAUACUUAGAUAUGAGAUAACCGUGGUUGAGGAUGGCAAAUCUACAAACUUUUCGCUUCCCUUUGAUGAUAAAGAGCCCUUCCAAAAGUUCAACUUCACCUUGCAAAGGCAGUGUAUCAUCGCUUAUGUCCGUGUCACUGCAACAAACUCUGUGGGGAACUCACCCCCUGCAGACCUGGCUGUUCCAUUGAGGGGUCAAGGGCUUCCUGCUGUGGGGAAUCUGUUUGCAUAUGCCCAGGAUGACGUGCUCUGGGUGGAGUGGUGUGCCCCUAAGGUGGAUGGUCUCGUCGAGUACGUGCUGGAAUGGGUGUCCCUGUUGGACGGGGAAUGGAACUGGCAGAAGGAACCGCGUAAUGCUACCAGGGCCUACUUCAAAGGCAACCUGCAGUCCUUUGUACCAUAUAACGUGACUGUGGUCCCCAUCUACCAUCGAGGGUGGAAGUCACCUACCAAAGUCAUACACCUUACUCUGGCUGGGGAUCGCCGCACAGUCCCCGCUUUUGUUAAGGAAGGAGCCCCAGAGGUCGUCCCAGAGCCUUCUCUGGUCAAGACUUGGAAGAACAGUGCUCAGCUGGUCUGGACGGAGAUUCCUCUAGAAAAGCAGCGAGGCUUCAUCACCAACUACACCAUCGUCUACGAGGCCCCCGGCAAGAUAGUCCGGCAAGCCGUGCCUCUCAAUGCGCUCUCUGUCACACUUGAACACUUGACCAAGGAAACAUCCUACAAGGUUUACUUUGUGGUCUCAACAUCGGCAGGCUCAACAAGAAGCACCCCUUUUACCCUGACCACCCCAAAAUAUGAUCCAGGGCAAAUUGAGAUGAUUGUGGUGUCCGUGUGCUUCGGCUUCCUCUUCCUGGUCAUACUGUUCCUCAGGCUGUGCUUCAAGAACAAAGAGACGCUCAAGAAGAAAUUCUGGCCCCAGGUUCCUGAUCCGUAUAACAGCACUGUGGCUACGUGGUCUCCAGAUCUAUCAUCCAGGACUGGUACGCCCAAAGAGGCCGGGCUGGGUGACCUGAGUGUUGUGGAAGUGGACGUGUUCGACCAGAAGUCGCUGUGCGACGAGGACAAGACCUCGCUUCCGGCGCUCAAGAAGGACAAGUACAUGUCGGAGGAGCACAGCAGCGGCAUCGGCGGCUCCUCGUGCAUGUCCUCGCCCCGCCAGAGCGUCUCGGACAGCGACGAGGCCGACUCGGGCCAGACCACGGCCAGCACCGUCCAGUACUCCUCCGUGGUGGGCUACAAGGGCCAGACGCCGGCGGGAGCCGUCUCUUCCGCUGCAGCCUCCUCGUCCUCCUCUUCCUCCUCCUCCUCCUCCUCCUCCUCGCCAGCCACCUCCGCCACCGCAGCCUCGGCGCACACCUUUGCCCGCUCCGAGUCCACACAGCCGCUCCUGGACUGCGAGGAGCAGCAGGAGGGCAGUGGCGGGCACCACCACCACCACCACCCUCCAGGCAGGGGCAGCUUAUUCAGGCGGCACCACGGCUUCGGCGAUGCCGACAGCAGCGGUGGCAGCAGCGGGGUCGGAGGAAGUCCGAUGCAUCGGCCGCACCCGUCCGAGCAGGACGAGCUGGACUCCAGCUCCUUGGAGUUCUGUCCGGCCGAGGAGGCCUCGCUCGAGCAGCCGCAGCCGCAGCCCGCCGACCAGCACACCGACGCUCGUUCCGCCCGCCCACCGUACAUGCCCCAACAGAGUGGCUACAGACCCCAGUGACCCCACGAAUCUGUGUCCACUUCCCGACUCCCCCCAUCGCGCCCGUGGCCUCCCUCAUUCCCUGCGCAUGUGCCUUUGUUUUACUGACAACCACGGAGACAUUUCAGCAAGUGCAACAGUGAUGAACUGAUAUCCUUUGUUUUUAUUUGUUUGUUUUGUUUGUGAUUCACACCCAAUGAUUGACGGCGGCAGUUUUGCACUUCAGUUAAAUAGCAGUGUGUAAGCUUUUGGAAACUGACGGAUGAACUCAGGCCAAAAGACGUUUUCGUGUCCCAUGCCUGGCCCCAUCCACUGACUUCACUCACUGUUCACUGGGCCUCAUUUCAGUAUGCGUUGCCCCCAUUUCAAAACAGGAACUGCAGAUUGGGGGUCUGCCAAUCAUUGUCUGACCUUGUCUGACCAUUCACAUGUAGGGUUGCAAAGUUGGAAACUUUCCAUGGGAAUAAAUAGGAAUUAAUGGGAAUAUACUGGAGUUUUUUUUAAAUAUGGCUUGUUAGUAUAUAACAGAGAACCUACAGGUAGUUGCAGCAUAAUGUUCGUUAAAACAGCCUGAUGUAGUGCAUAUUCAGUUGAAUUUCUGCCCUGCACAUAUGUCCAUCACAUGCGCACAGCAAUUAGCACAGGCUACUAGACAUAUAGGAAACCUAUGGUGCGCAAUUUCCUUUAAUUCCAUGAAAGUUUCCCAACAUCCCAAAAUUCCCCAGCUUAACUUCCCAUGGAAAAUAUCCGGAAGGUUUUGGGAAAGUUUCGGGAAAUUUUACCGGAAAUGUUCCACCCCUUUGCAACCCUAUUCACAUGUUGUGUCUUUGUCUUGUUCACCCUUGUGUAGUUGUAUGUAUGCCUUGAACUUAGCCAACUGGUUAUCUGGUGGUGAGAGAUGCAAGGGACGAGAAACAUCAGUAUUGAGAAUCUGCUCUGCCAGAGGCUAGAAAGGUGAAGAAUUCACUUUUAUGAAAUUAGAAGAAAAGCAUGAGACUUAAGGCAAAUAGUGCAGUUACAUUUUGUUUUGCACACUAUUUUGGAGGUAUUUUUAAUGUUAUGGAAAAUGUAGGAUGUCUAGACAGCAUUCAAUGGAACUGUUCACUGUACAGUUGUACAGUGUACAAUGAAACUUUUUAUGUAGUUGUAGUGUAGACAAGUUGACACAGUGUAAAUUGAGGAGUGAUAUGACUUCUAUUGAUGAUAUGUAUGUAUAUUUCAAGUGUAUCAUUGUGUGUUGCUUUUUAUUUGCAGAACUUUUUGAGUGCAGUUCUAGCCAUCUUAUUAUGGUUGUUACAUUUGUUGCUUUAGUUUGCACAUUUUUAUUUUUUAUUUUUAAUCUUACAUGAUCUCACGAGGCCUGAACCUUAUGUUUAAUUAUACUUCAACAGUUAUAUUUACAUAGUAAGAGAAAUCUUACUAACCAAAGAUAACAUAACAUCCUACUGUGUGGUUUAUGGGAUAUAUCUAUUCUGAUGUCUCACAGACUUGAAUGUUACUAUUUUAGAACAGUUCCCAGCUUGUUUGUGAGCAGUUUGUUUUCUGCUGCGAGUGUAACCUGUCGUUUAUUGUCAUUCAUGUGCCUGUUUUCUUUCUUUCUUCUUAAUCAUACACUACAUGUAAUAUAAACUACACUGCUCUCUGUC